UUCUCUAUGAUUUUUUUUUUUUAAUUCUGCACUUUGACAGUGGUGGCGAAAUAACACUAAUCCAAAAGUGAUCUUUUCUUUUGAUGGAGGUGGAUUUUUGUUUUUCCUUUUGAUUCCAACCUUUCUCUCCGUGACAAAGCAUAAAUCAUGGACACCAGAAAAUAAGGUGGACCUCAGGAAUCCUGAAAAGACUGAGAAGCUUACAUUCUUCCUCUGGAGGGAAGGGUGGGGUGUUUUUAGCCCUCUCUGGAACCUAAAACGAAAACAUGAGUUGCGUGCCAUGGAAAGGAGACAAGGCCAAAUCUGAAUCUUUGGAGCUGCCCCAGGCAGCACCCCCACAAAUCUACCAUGAGAAACAGCGCAGGGAGCUUUGUGCCCUGCAUGCCCUCAAUAACGUCUUCCAGGACAGCAAUGCCUUCACCCGGGAAACGCUGCAAGAGAUUUUCCAGAGGUUGUCUCCAAACACCAUGGUGACCCCCCACAAGAAGAGCAUGCUGGGAAAUGGGAACUACGAUGUGAAUGUCAUUAUGGCAGCACUUCAAACCAAAGGCUAUGAAGCUGUCUGGUGGGACAAACGCAGGGAUGUCAGUGCCAUUGCUCUCACGAACGUCAUGGGCUUCAUCAUGAACCUGCCCUCCAGCCUGUGCUGGGGUCCACUGAAGUUGCCUCUCCAAAGGCAGCACUGGAUCUGUGUCCGAGAGGUGGGCGGUGCCUACUACAACCUCGACUCCAAACUGAAGAUGCCCGAGUGGAUUGGAGGCGAGAGCGAGCUCAGGAAAUUCCUCAAACAUCACUUGCGAGGAAAGAACUGUGAACUCCUGCUGGUGGUGCCGGAAGAGGUGGAGGCCCGUCAGAGUUGGAGGGCUGACGUGUAACGCAGUGCUACCCAACCUUCCCUCACCUCGGCCCCCCAAGUCCUCUGUCAUGUGCUGUGGCCUCUGCAGUGGGUCUGCCCUUGCCACUUCCCCAAACAUCUCACUGGGUUCCCCCUCAGAUUUGACAGUGCUGUAGGACAGACAGACGUGUGGGCUGUGACGAGAACCACCACCCAACAUGACAUGAGACAGGAAGGUAGGAGCUCUGUGGGCUUAGGGUGACCUGU